UGGUACGUCAGUCAGACAGCAAUGGCGGCCUUCGCUGUAGCACGGAGUAGCUGUGGUCUGCUUUCCGGACUAAAAGCUUAUUUUAAAACAUUCAGACAGGUAAAACAUGGCGUGGCUUCGGCAGCACAGUCCCAGCUGCAGCAACAGUCGAGGCGGUGGUAUUCCGUUAGUCAUCUCUCCGUCCAGGAGAGGAUAGACAGAAAGAGAAAUGCUGCGCUGAUCGGAGGAGGUCAGAAGAGAAUUGACGCGCAACACAAAAGGGGGAAGCUGACAGCCAGAGAGAGAGUUGAGCUCCUGUUGGAUAAAGACUCGUUUGUAGAGUGUGACAUGUUUGUGGAACAUCGCUGCUCUGACUUCGGCAUGGAAGAGGACCACAACAAGUUCGCAGGGGACAGUGUGGUGACUGGACAGGGGAGGAUCAACGGAAGGCUGGUGUACGUCUUCAGUCAGGACUUCACAGUAUUUGGAGGCAGUCUGUCUGGGGCUCAUGCACAGAAGAUCUGUAAGAUCAUGGACCAGGCCAUGAUGGUGGGUGCUCCAGUCAUUGGUCUAAACGACUCUGGCGGAGCCAGGAUCCAGGAGGGGGUGGAGUCACUGGCUGGAUACGCUGACAUCUUCCUGAGGAAUGUGAUGGCUUCAGGUGUGGUUCCUCAGAUCUCUCUGAUCAUGGGUCCCUGUGCUGGAGGAGCUGUCUACUCUCCUGCCCUGACCGACUUCACCUUUAUGGUCAAGGACACCUCAUACCUGUUCAUCACAGGUCCUGACGUAGUGAAGUCUGUCACCAAUGAAGACGUCACUCAGGAGGAACUGGGAGGAGCUAAAACACACACCGCCGUGUCAGGCGUCGCUCACCGUGCGUUUGAGAACGACAUCGAUGCUCUGCUCAACCUCCGAAACUUCUUCAACUUCCUUCCUCUUAGCAACCAGGACCCCGCCCCUGUUACCGAGUGCCACGACCCCAGUGAUAGACUGGUUCCUGGUCUGGACACCAUUGUUCCCUUUGAGACCACUAAAGCCUACGACAUGCUGGACAUCAUCCAGGGGAUUGCGGACGAGAGGGAGUUCUUUGAGAUCAUGCCUAACUACGCUAAAAACAUCGUAGUGGGAUUCGCUCGCAUGAACGGACGAACUGUUGGAAUUGUAGGGAAUCAACCUAAAGUAGCGUCUGGUUGCUUGGACAUUAACUCAUCAGUGAAGGGAGCUCGCUUCGUUCGUUUCUGCGACGCUUUCAACAUCCCCAUCCUCACCUUCGUGGACGUGCCCGGCUUCCUGCCAGGUACGUCACAGGAGUAUGGCGGUAUCAUCCGACACGGGGCCAAGCUACUGUUUGCCUUUGCUGAGGCCACCGUCCCCAAGAUCACCAUCAUCACUAGGAAGGCCUACGGAGGAGCGUAUGACGUCAUGAGUUCCAAGCACCUGAGAGGAGAUGUGAACUACGCCUGGCCGUCUGCAGAGGUGGCCGUGAUGGGAGCCAAGGGUGCUGUACAGAUAAUCUUCAGAGGGAAAUCCAACCAGGCAGAGCAGGAGGCUGAAUACGUAGAGAAGUUCGCCAACCCUUUCCCUGCCGCUGUCAGAGGGUUCGUGGAUGACAUCAUCGUGCCGUCGACCACCCGGAAGAGGAUCUGUAGGGAUCUGGAGGUUCUGGCCUCCAAGAAACAGACCAACCCCUGGAAGAAACACGCCAACAUCCCACUCUAACAGACACCUUCAACCACCCGACCUGUCUCUCACUUCACCUAUAGCUUAGAUCAGGGCUCUUCAGCCCUGUUCCUGGAGAGAGACCAUCGUGUAGGUUAACUCUAAUCCUGUUCCUGGAGAGAGACCAUCCUGUAGGUUAACUCUAAUCCUGUUCCUGGAGAGAGACCAUCCUGUUGGUUAACUCCAACCCUGCUCCUGGAGAGAUACUGUCCUGUAGGUUUUCGCUCAAACCCCAAUCUAGCCACCUGAUUCUAGUAAUUAGCUGGUUGAUAAACAAUCAGGUUAGUUACAACUGGGGUUGGAUCAAAAACCUCCAGGAGGGUAGCUCUCCAGGAACAGGGUUGAAGAGACCUGGCUUAGAUCAAUUUAUGUAUCUAACCCUGUGGGACUUGUUUGGAAGAAUCAGCACACCUGCCGUGAGUCCAUAGAGACAUUUUUAUUUAACAAACUAGUCUGUGUCCACGUGUGAGACAGAAUGUUAUAUCCCAAUGGCAGUUUGAACAUGUGUGAUAAUCAGCCAAGCACCCUGACUCAUCCUAGUCACCAAUGCUGGAAGAAGAAGUACCCACUUGUCAUAAUUGACUAAAAGUAAAGAUGCCUUAAUAGAAAAUGACUCCAGUAAAAGUGAAAUUCACCCAG